UAGCAUGCGCAAGCUCAGUUCUCUGCACUCGUCCCCUGACCAGCUUCGACUCCAGAAGGCCCCCCCUGGCAGCCUGCGGCAUGAUCGCCAUCACUGAAUGGCAGAAGAUUGGUGUGGGCAUCACCGGCUUUGGCAUCUUCUUCAUCCUCUUUGGAGUAUUCCUGUACUUUGAUUCUGUGCUCCUGGCCUUCGGAAACCUGCUGUUCCUGACCGGCCUCUCCCUCAUCAUUGGCCUGAGGAGGAUGUUCUUCUUCUUCUUCCAGAGGCACAAGCUUAAGGGGACCGGCUUCUUCUUAGGGGGUGUGGUCAUUGUGCUCCUGCGCUGGCCCCUCCUGGGCAUGUUUCUAGAAACCUAUGGAUUCUUUCGCCUUUUCAAGGGCUUUUUCCCCGUUGCCUUUGGCUUCCUGGGCAAUGCCUUUAACAUCCCCUUUUUGAGUGCGCUGUUCCAGAGGCUUCAAGGCACCAGCUCAAUGGUCUGAAUAGCAGAGAUGAGCUCCUUGAACUUGGAUUAUUGGUUGAGGGAGCUGGAAAGGAAAUGGGGCCAACCUCUCAGGCCCACACCCUGCACUGAGUCAUCUACCCGGCACACCCGGACCUCUCCAAGCCCAGAAGGAAGGAUGCCGCUGGGUCACUGACCUCAAACUCCCAAGUCAACUCCAGAAGCCAUCAGGAUUGUUGGCAGCAGAGACCCAGGGCCCCACAGAUAUCGGACUGAGGCUGGUAUCACAUCCCUCUCUGUAUUUAUGGGAGAAAAAGCAAAGAUUAAAUCCCCAAGCUACGAGUGUGUCUGACACUCAAAGUCAGUGUCUCUAGCCUGUUAAGUGCAUCUCCUGACUCAGGGCAGGCCGAUGUACACAUGAUUCCAUUUUGUGAGCGGUAGGCCUGCCCUUAUAAGCUCGUUUUUAUCCUGAUGAGUGACAUAAUGUGUUUGUAAGCCCCUGUUAGCAGGAGGCAUUACACAAGAGAUGGGUAUAAAUCCUGUGUACUGGCAGGAAGUGCUUCUCAACCAUUAGGUGGACGUCUGCACAGUGCACCCCACCAGGUAGUCCCUGUGCUGGGAGAGUUUCCUGUCUGAGGGUUGACAUGGCCUCUGCCUUCAGAGAGCCCUGGUCCAACAGAAGGAAUCGUCUCUGUCCUACGGAGCCUCUCAUCCAGGGUAAAGAGCAUUUAUAGCAGGCCCAAGAAAAAGAUGAGAGU